AUGACGCCUAAUUUCCAAACACUUUCUAUUCCUUCAGCCACAGUGCAAUCGCACGCCUCAAACCUAUUACAACUCCCAGACAAGACUGUACUAUGUACAUGGUUCGGCGGUUCUCAAGAGGGUCUCCCAGAUAUCUGCAUCUGGCUUUCUCGACUUGAGUCAGGAUCAUCCUCUUGGAGUACCCCGCAAAAGGUGUCUUCGGAUGAGAACAGGAGUUGUCAGAACCCUGUCUUGUUCAGAGCACCGCACAACGGAGAACUAUGGUUGCUUCACACUUCUCAAGAUGCUGGUAACCAAGAUGGGGCUUACAUACUUAAGCGAAUAUCAUCAGACGAGGGCAAAACAUGGUCCGAGGCCAGUCGUUUGCUUCCAGAUGCGACAGGCAUCUUCAUCAGGCAACCAAUAGUUGUCAACAGCGAGGGUGCUUGGAUUCUGCCAGUCUUUUACUGUCGCACGGAACCUGGACACAGAUGGAUUGGAAGUGAUGACAUUUCUGGUGUCUUCUAUUCACAAGACCACGGCACGACAUGGAAAGAGAAACAAGCACCCGACAGCGUGGGAGCCGUUCACAUGAACAUCGUUCCCCCAGUCUCUGGUCAAUCAACAUGGGUCGCUGUCUACCGAAGCCGAUGGGCAGACAACGUCUACCGCUCUACAUCCAAAAACGGAAUAGAUUGGGAGGAACCAAAAGCUACCUCUCUUCCCAAUCCUAAUAGUGGCAUCUGCGCUGCUCGUCUCUCCUCAGGCCAUAUUGCGCUUGUGUUCAACAGAUCUAGCGCAUCAGCAGAUACACUCAAGCGAAAAGGUCUUUACGAUGACAUCACACCUGAAGACGACAAGCGACCAAAUCAGGUUACCAAGACUGGCAAAGAUGCGAUUUGGGGGACUCCUAGAAAGACAUUGACACUUGGUGUUUCACAAGAUGAGGGGUUGACUUGGAGUGAGCGUGUGCUCGAAGAUGGUGAUGGGUUUUGUGGAACCAAUAGUUCUUCGGGACAGGAGAACAGGGAGUUGAGUUACCCUAGUAUUUACAUUGAGAAGAAAGGCGAGAUGGAUGUAGCUCAUGUGGCGUAUACGUGGCAUAGACAGCACAUCAAAUAUGUGCAGAUAGAGGAUGUGGAGGGAUGGGUUCAGUCUAAGUAA